GUUUUUUUAGCUUUUGCUAUAAUUUGCUUAUAUUAUAGUAAUCUGAUUUGGAUAUAAUCUGAAGAACAUAAUGUUUUUUUUUUAUUUUCUUUUUCAAUCUGAUUUACUUGGUAUUGCAUCCUAAUCAUAUAUGACGUUCAAGAAUAUUUGACAAAUCUAGUUCAAUUCAAGGUUGGAAAAUUUAGUAGCCAAUUAAUCUUGGAAUGAAUUUUUUAGAUGAAGAUGUUCAGAAGUAUAUUAAUGAAUGAUUAUCAUUUACCUUUUUUUGUUUAAAGUUAAACAAACUUACAGUGAAACUAUAUCAAGCAUCUAAGCCCCAUAUUUUGCAAUUGUUCUUUUAAAUGGUUGUUGCACUUUUUCUCAAUACAUCAUCUUUAUUCAUUGUAGUCUAAUUUCAUGUUCAUCUUCACUGUCAAUGGAUGGAGGUAUGUCUGCACCCAAGCCGAGCCCUAACUUGAUUAGCAUUGCUAUUCGUUCAAAUGAUCCAGUUACCUGAUGAUAUGUUCCCUGACCAGCCUGAUCCAAAUCAUGAAACAGCAUGUACUAUACCUGAUAAAGAGAUUAAGGAACAUGGUGAGAAAGAAAAAGACACAUCAGAAGACACAAAACAAAGAGAACAUGAUCAAGAUGAUAAAUAUUGUGAUGUGACACAUCAUUUUUCCCAAAAUAAACCCCCACGUACUCUUGAAGACUCUGUAGCUGAACUCUUUCAUCAAGAUGUACAUGCUCAAAUGCUUUGUCUUCGUGAGAAGGUGAAGGAAAGAUUGAGCAACUCAGAUGAUUACCAGUCAUUUUUGAAGUGCAUUGCAGAGUAUUGCACAAAGAGUAUUACUCGGCCACAAUUGCAAUCAAGGGUAAAUAGUUUGCUUGGAGUAUAUCCGGAUAUUGUGGAAGAAGUCACUGAGUUUAUAGAUCACAUUGAAAAGACAAAUAGCUCUUCCCCAUGA